AUGUCCGACCCGAUGAAGGGGCCGUGCUUCAACAUGCGGGGCACGGUCAUCAACGGAUUCAGGCAAUUCAUCUGCUAUGCUGACGACAUAGGCAUUGUCGACAGAACGUUCGAGGAGGCGGCUAGGAAGUACACCGAAUUGAAGCGGGAAACGGCAAAGGUUGGAUUGAGGGUGAAUGUGGCGAAGACGGCGUAUCUGCUGGCAGGAGAAACCGAGUCUCUUAGCAUAGGACCGAGCGUGACGAUCGACGGGGACGAGUUCGAGAUCGUGGAAGAGUUUGUGUACCUCGGAUCGUUGGUGACGUCGGACAACAACCGCAGCAGAGGAAUUUGGAGGCGCAGCAUCACCGGUAGUCGUGUCUACUAUGGACUCCACAAGACCUUAAGGUCUGGUACCCUUUUCCGGCGUACAAAGUGUACCUUGUACGAAACGUUGAUAAGACCGGUCGUUCUCUACGGGCACGAGACGUGGAUGAUGCUCGAAGAGGAGCUGCAAGCGCUUGAAACAAUCAAUCCGGUAAAGUUGGUGUUUACUUCGGAGCCGGUUGGAACGCGGCGGAGGGGCGCAACGCGCAAGUGGUUGAACCAAGUGGAGAAAUGUCUGGAAAGUGUGGGGAAUUGGAGAGAUGCAGCCCAGAUCCGAGUUAGAUGGCAACGAAUCUGGAGACAGCUCAUGACCCGGAAGGACGACUGGUAG